AUGAUCCGGAAAAUCACUUGUAUUGGGGCCGGAUUUGUCGGUGGUCCAUUGGGCGCCGUGCUUGCCUUCCAAUGCCCAGAGAUUACAGUUACCGUUGUUGACAAAAAUCCGGCCAGAAUUGAGUCAUGGAACUCAGAUGAUUUGCCAAUGUACGAGCCUGGCCUCAGUGAACUUAUAGCUCAAGUACGACAACGGAAAGAUACCUGCAACCUCACGUUUUCUUGUGACGUCAGAAAAGCGAUUGGGGAUGCAGAUUUCAUCAUGCUAUGCAUAGAUACGCCGACUAAAUCUCACGGAACCGGAAGAGGCAUGGCUUUGGAUUUAGCUCACGUCCAAGAGGCUGUACGCACGAUUGCCGAAGUAGCCACAACAGAUAAGGUCAUUGUUGAGAAAUCAACGGUGCCUGGAGGUACUGCAUCAACGAUACAGGACUUGCUUGAGUCAACGUCCAGGGAAAGACCAGUUUUUGAAGUCCUCUCUAACCCCGAAUUCCUUUCAGAAGGUAGCGCAGUGGCCGAUCUUACACGUCCUCCACGGGUGAUAAUCGGAUGCCAGCAGACGAAGUCAAGUCGACAAGCGGCAGAGAAAUUAGCUGCCCUAUAUAAAAGAUGGGUUCCGCGCGAGCUCAUUAUUACUAUGGAUCAAUGGUCGGCCGAGCUUUCCAAGUUGGCAUCCAAUGCACUGCUGGCACAACGAAUCAGCAGCAUCAACUCAUUGAGCGCGAUUUGUGAGGCAGUGGGCGCCGACAUCAAUUCCGUUGCAGAGGGGGUGGGAGCCGAUCCUCGUAUCGGCAAUAAAAUGCUGCAGAGUGGACUAGGGUGGGGUGGAAGUUGCUUCCCCAAGGAUGUAGCGGCCUUGGUGUAUCUCGCGCGAAGCCUGGGGCUCGACUCUGUCGCAAAUUAUUGGGCUGCCGUUUUAGAUAUGAACCGAGCCCAGCAGAGCCGAUUUGCCCACCGUAUUCUCAGUUGUAUGCAUGGCUGCGUCAACGGGAAGUCAAUUGCCAUUCUCGGUUUUGCAUUCAAGCCGAAUACGUCGGACACCAAGAAUUCUCCGUCCAAGAAUCUGGCCUGUCAGCUAUUGAGAGAGGGUGCGACAAUCUGUGUAUAUGACCCAAUGGUCUCUGAAGACCAGAUUUACAAAGACGUAAAUCCAUCGGAAGAGGAGUCCAAACGAUUACGAAUUUUUUCCACUGCCGGAGAGGCGUGUGCUGGUGUCGAAGCCAUCGUGGUGGCCACCGCCUGGCACCAAUUCAUGACUCCGGAUGGUUGCGAAGCGCCGUACAAGGCUAAUGGGGAGGUCUGCACGAAUGACUUACACAUCAACGAUAUUCAAAGCGAUGGUGUCUAUCCAGAAGUUGGGAAGGAGCGUAUUAAUUGGCCUUCUAUCGUGGAGAAUAUGGUUCGACCUGCGUUUAUAUUUGAUGGAAGAAACUUCCUUAGUGCUCAAUAUUUGGAAAGCCUCGGCUGUCGUUAUGUGGGUAUUGGUCGCUUGUCAAAAUGGGACAGAGACCAUCGCUUUUUGCGUUAA